AGGGGGGCUUCCAAGUCCCUCUGGGGCGGAGGGGGCCAUGGUCGCCUCCCCUCCUGCCGUGGAGGAGGCUGCGCCGAGUACAAAAGGCUUCCAAGCCAGGGUCUCUUGCCACAGGCAGGACAAGGCCUGAGCCCGUAAUGGGAAGGUGGAGAGGGGAGUGAGCGAGGCUCUGGGGCGCCUCUGUUAUGUUAUUUAUAAUGCGUGUUUAUAUUAUUGAUACAUAGGCAGAUGCACAAAGGAUGGAGGGCUGCAUCUCUCUCUCUCUCUCUCACACACACACACACACACACACUACCGUAUAUACUUAAUAGCACAUGUGUAAUAUUGGAGCAAGAUCUGUUAGGUCCGCUCACUGCACACAUUUUACUGUCAUGACUCCCCUGUGUGUGUGUGGUUGUUUUUUUAUUGUUGUUGUUUUUACCUGCUGUUGAUAGCAAUUUUCAAAAAUGGUUCUUGUGCACCAUGUCCUGAGAUCAUUAUAGGGUGGGUUAUAAAUAUUUACAAACACACAUAAAUACGUAUUGAUUGGUGGCCAUCUGUCUCUGGAGACAAUGGAGGAGUGAAGGCGAAUUGUUGGAAGGCAUAAACUGAUAUGGGAGAGGCAUAUACAUACAUACAAAGCUGCUACCAGACUGGGUGGGUGGUUGGGUGGGCUUGGAAUGAUUCAGAUUAUCAAAAAGUGCCCAUACAUAGAAAACUGGCAUGUCAGAAAGAGGCUUGAAGCCUCUGGUGUCUAAAGUUCCUACAAGUAAGGGGAUGGGACUGUGUAAUUGAAGAGUGUGUAGUAAAGUGAGCUUCCACCUGCAGUGUCAAAUGGUACAAUCCAGAAACAGGUUUACCAAUUUGCAGCAGUUCAUAUGGAACUAGGCCUCCAUGAAAUGUGUAUUCAAGAAAAAGAAAUGUGUAUUCAAAACUGUUCCUGUUACCUUGGAAAGCAAUUAUCCUUUCUAUGGGUGUGUAUUCAGGAUCAAAUAAUGUGGAUGAGUAUCUUUGUUGUUGUUGUUGUUGUUGUUUAGUCGUUUAGUCAUGUCCGACUCUUCAUGACCCCAUGGACCAUAGCACGCCAGGCACUCCUGUCUUCCACUGCCUCCUGCAGUUUGCUCAGACUCAUGUUGGUAGCUUCGAGAACACUCUCCAACCAUCUCGUCCCCUUCUUGUGCCCUCCAUCUUUCCCAACAUCAGGGUCUUUUCCAGGGAGUCUUCUCUUCUCAUGAGGUGGCCAAAGUAUUGGAGCCUCAACUUCAGGAUCUGUCCUUCCAGUGAACACUCAGGGCUGAUUUCCUUCAGAAUGGAUAGGUUUGGUCUUCUUGCAGUCCAUGGGACUCUCGAGAGUCUCUUCCAGCACCAUAAUUCAAAAGCAUCAAUCCUUCGGUGAUCAGCCUUCUUUAUGGUCCAGCUCUCACUUCCAUGCAUUACUACUGGGAAAACCAUAGCUUUAACUAUACGGACCUUUGUCGGCAAGGUGAUGUCUCUGCUUUUUAAGGUGCUGUCUAGGUUUUUCAUUGCUUUUCUCCCAAGAAGCAGGCGUCUUUUAAUUUCGUGACUGCUGUCACCAUCUGCAGUGAUCAUGGAACCCAAGAAAGUAAAAUGCUUCUUUACGAACUUGUAAAGAGUGGCGAAAUGAUGGUUUUUCCCUGCCCUCUUUCAGUUACACUUAAGGUGGAAACUAACUUGCCUUAAUGAGGGUAGAGCUGAGGAUGCUAGUUGUUCCUCCUUUUUUAUAGUACAACAGCAAUGGUCCAAUUCAGAUUCUCUUAAAAUAAACGGCAUAUGGGGCAUGUCUAUGAACUCAACUGCGGAUAGGAACUAGUACAGUAUCUGACCCAUGACAGCAAGUUUUCCCAGCAGCAGUUUGCAUGAGCAUAUUGGUACCUUUUUUAUUAUUAUUCGCAGAAUAGGAAGUCUCAUGGGAAGCUGUGUUAUUCUGAGUCAGACCACUGAUCCAUCUGAUGGUCUGUUUUGGCCUGCAGCAGCUCUCUUUGCUUGGGACUUCCCCAACCAAAUCUGGAGGUGCUGGGGACUGAGCCCUGUGGCUUUCAGCAUGCAAGGCAAAUGCAGUACCUCUGCUCUACAGUCUUUUCUUCAUUGAAUUGUUGUCAAGAAGUGGUGCCUUUCAGUGUGUGUUGUAACUUCUUUUACUCUGCUUGUAGGGUUUUCCAGUGCUUGAACCAGACAUUAUACUGCCCUUCAACCAGCAUUUUAUCCUUUUCCAUUCCAUCAAAUGAUGACUGGAGUUCCAAACAUGGAGAUGAUGAAUGAAGAGGAAGCUCUUCAGGGGCCUUUGGAAUCAGACUUUGUUCCAGAACCUGUUCAAGCAACUGUUAAAGGAAGAAAGAGAAAAAACAAAACUUCUGAACCCAAGAAACCUGCUGCUAAAGUUGCCAAAUCAAAAGGCAAACAAGAAAAAAUCACAGAUACUUUUAAAGUCAAAAGGAAAGUAGAUCGUUUUAAUGGCGUAUCUGAAGCUGAAUUGUUAACCAAAACUCUUCCUGAUAUACUGACCUUCAAUUUGGAUAUUGUAAUUAUUGGUAUAAAUCCAGGUUUAAUGGCAGCCUACAAAGGCCAUCAUUACCCGGGACCUGGAAAUCACUUCUGGAAGUGUCUCUUUUUGUCUGGGUUAAGUGAAGAACAGUUGAAUCAUAUGGAUGACCACACUUUGCCACAUAAAUAUGGUAUUGGGUUUACAAACAUGGUGGAAAGGACAACACCAGGGAGCAAGGACCUUUCCAGCAAAGAGUUUCGGGAAGGAGGACGGAUUCUGGUGCAAAAAUUGCAGAAGUAUCAACCUAAAAUAGCAGUUUUUAAUGGAAAAUGCAUUUAUGACAUUUUCAGCAAAGAGGUUUUUGGAGUAAAGGUUAAAAAGUUGGAAUUUGGACUCCAGCCACAUAAGGUUCCAGACACAGAAACACUUUGCUAUGUUAUGCCCUCAUCCAGUGCAAGAUGUGCUCAGUUUCCUCGUGCACAAGAUAAAGUUCAUUAUUACAUCAAGCUGAAAGACCUAAGGGAUCAGCUGAAGGGUGUCGCGUCAAAUACAGAGGUCCAGGAAGUGCAAUACACAUUUGACUUGCAGCUAGCACAAGAGGAUGCUAAGAAAAUGGCUGUCAAAGAAGAAAAAUAUGAUCCGGGUUAUGAAGCAGCUUACGGGGGUGCUUGUGGUGAGAAAACAGCCAAGGAUGGUGAACCAUGUACCUUCCCUUCAAAUGGAACAGCAACCAGUGCAGAGUACAGCAGUGGAUCUUCCUUUGGAGAUGUCCCCAAUGGACAGUGGAUGACACAAUCGUUCACAGAUCAGAUUCCAGAUUUCAGGAAUUCUAGACCACAAGAGGAAGAAGGAAGCAAUGCUUAAAGGCUGCCUUUUAAGCCAAGCGUAACUUCUGCUGGAGUUUUUUAAAAUGCACAUGUCAAGAAUGGUACCUCAGUUCUCCAACUGAAGCAUUUUUAAAUAGCAUUUUACCUCUUAGUUCUCUCUUAUGAUAACCAUUUGUGUUUGUAGAUUUAGAACUAUGAAUCAGGUCACUUAAAAGAAAAUGUUUUUUAAGAGAUGAGGCUUCCCUGUUUCUCUCUCUCUUUCUUAUUUUGUAUGAGACUUUUGUAUUUAAAUUGUUCCAUAGUUGCAGUUUUAGAAAACUGACUUCUCAUUGGUGAAAACCUUUUUUCUUUUUUCUAUUUUGGUUUUGUUUUAAAUCUGUAUUUUGUAAUGUAGUUUGUGAACGUACAUUUUUAACUUUUCCUUUCAUGUGUUGGGAUAUUUCAUAUGUGUGUUAGUCCAUCUAAGGAGACUGCUUGCUGAUGUCACUAAGAGCAAGUGGAUUCCCCUUAGUGUAAGGGCACUGCUUCAGAUUCAGAUUUUGAGGGUAAUCUUGGCCCAUAAGGGAUUCUAAAAUCCAACAUUUUAACAGCCUUUCACAGUGAUCUCUGAAAAGCAACUGAAAGUUGUGGCACUUCUUUCAGUUGGGGAUUUAGAGCUGGGGAACCAGUGGUCAUCCAGAUGUUUUUGGAAUCCAAAUCCCAUCAGCCCCAGAUUGCAUGGCCAAUAGCCCAGGAUGACUGGAGUUGUAGCCCAACAAUAUAUUGAACGGCACAUGAUCCCCAACCCUGAUUUAGUGUUUCAAGAUAACUUUUGGCCAGAAUAGAGAACCACCUUAAGAAGGAUAUAUGUAUGCUCUGUACAGUGGUACCUUGGUUCUCGGACUUAAUCCGUUCCGGGAGUGAGUUCGACUCCCGAAACUAUUCAAAAACCAAGGUGCGGCUUCUGAUUGGCUGCAGGAGCUUCCUGCACUCAAGCGGAAGCCACGUCAGACAUUUGGCUUCCGAAAAAUGUUUGCAAACCGGAACACUAACCUCCGGGUUUGCGGCAUUCGAGAGCCGAUUUGUUCGACAACUAAGCCGUUCGAGAACCAAGGUACCACUAUAUAGGCUUUUAAAAUUCAUACAUGCCACAGGAGGAGGAAAACAUUGGAAAGGAACUGGGGGCAAGAGAGGGUUGAUCUGAAGAAGCUUCAUCAGAAUUCAGCAUUUUUUAUUUUUAGGAUACAUCACAUUCCACAUCUUGCUGGCCAAAACGAUGGUGGUAGUGUGACAUUCAGGCAGCUACAAGCCUACCCUAG